AUGCUAAAAAACGUAUUGGGAAAAAGAAAAUAUUGUAACAGAUUUCUGCGACUGAAUACAAGAAGUGUUCAUAAUAGCCAUUUAAAUAAAACGCUUAAGAACAGAUAUAAUGAAAAGGUGAGAGACAAGUACUUAGAUAACAUAUAUAACAAUGAAAUUAAUAUUAACAGUAUAACUAAAAAUGUAAAAAACAAAAAGAUUAAUUACCUGAGACAAUUAAUUUAUGAUGAGGCUGAUGGUGAUGAAUAUUUGUUAGAUGAAAAUAUUUUGGAGGAAAUAAAAAGAAAAAAAUAUAAAAGCAUUAGACAAGGCAAUACCAACAGUAGCAGAAUCAGUAGUAAGGAAAGAAAUGAAGAAGAGGAAAGGGGAGAAAUAGAUGCUAUACAUGAACGAAGCAAGCAAGAAAUGAGUGAAUCCAAAUAUAAACAGGCAAUUCGAAUGUAUAAUUUGUUAAAGUUAACAGAAAAAUCGAAUAUUUUUGACGAAGAUGUUUUCAUGAACAUAGAUAGUAAAAUGAACCAUGAUAUUUUUGAGUUCGCUCAGAAAAAUAUAUUACAUGAUGAUAACAAAGAAAUGACACACAAUGGAUCAAAUGAAGCGAAUAAUAUUAUAAACGGUAAAAUUAUAGAUGAUGAAAAGAACACAUCGUCUUCUUCUAUAUGUGGAAUCCCCGCUUCUUCUUCACCUGGGGAAAACAAAGCAGACAUUUUUUCGAACACCACAGUAGGAAGUGAUCCAUCCCACAGUGCAGUUAAAAUAAACGACAGUAAUUUUAUGAACAUUACGAAAAUGAAUCUUCCUGUAUUUAACCCAUCUAGUUUUUGUCUAGCCAUAGAAAGUUUAACGAAUCAUAUAUGUGAUGAUUUAAUUUAUUUAUUUGGAGACCUUUUGGAGGAAAAAAAUAUACCAUUGAAGACUGAAAAUGAUAGAUUAUAUAAAUUUAUUAACAAUUUGUGUGAGUUUUUUUCUUUUGAGAAAAACGAAAGUGAUGUAGAGAGAUGGAUGAAGGAUGUAUAUAAGAAAGUAAAAACGAAAUUGCCAAGGACCUUUCGUAAUAUAAAAGAUGAAUAUGUAGAAAAUUGGAUUAAAGAACACAUAAGAAGAGUCCUAGUUAAUCAGAAAUGUAAUAAUCAAAUGUUAUAUAAAGAAAAGUAUUAUAAUUUAGGAAAUGAUUUUAUAUAUGAUAAUCUUCCAGUGAAUAUCAACAAUGAGGUAGAUGAUAAAAUAGAUUAUUCCACUGACAAACUAACGUAUUAUUUUAAAACAAUUAUUGAAUUUUUCAUGGAGAAAAAAAUUGAUGCUAAUUUAGAAGAGCAGUUAAAUAUGAUGUUUUUAAACUUAAAAAAAAUAGGACUAAACAACUGGCUGAAAAUGGAUAUAAAAGAUUUUGAAAAAUAUCUUCUAAGAAAUAAGAACUGCAACUUUUUAGAAAUAAAUGAAAAUGAUAAAUAUACUUCAUACCUAAUGUUAAAAUGUGCAAGCCGAAACAUUACAGACUUUUUUUUUUACGAAGAAUUUUCUCCCUUUUAUCUUUUUAAUGAGAAACCAAAAUUUUCUAUUGAAGAAAAAAUAAACUCCAUGCAACCAAAUAAACACAUAUCAGAUGAUGAAUUAAAAAAAAUGAUUUACUCUGAUAAUUCUUCUGUAACUAUAGUAAAUAACAAUAAUCACGGAGAUAGAUAUCACGAUAUGGACAUAGAUUUAUUCCUAGAAAAGGAAAAAAAAUAUAAUAUGAACAGGUCUUUAAUUACAUACAGUUUUGAUGAAACUACUGAUUCUUACAGUUACAAAUAUAAGCAAAUUCCAAACACUAUUUAUGAUCACAAUACAAAUAAGUAUAUAAGGGAAAAAGAAACAAUUGAUCCAAUGCUAAAACUGAACGAAAUGAGGUCAUCCAUAUUGGAAGUUAAAAGAAUGAUGAGCAUGACCAAAGAUGGACGUGUGUACUACAUAAGAAUAAUCAUAAUUAUUGGAAACGGGAAGGGUGUAUACGGCUAUGGCGUGGGGUUCGGGAAAAAUAUUAAGGAAGCAAGAAACAGCGCCCUUUUGAAUUCUAUUAGUAAUAUAGAUUUUAUAGACUAUAAUUAUAAAAAUUGCAUUUUAAAUUUUCCAGUUAGUGGACAAGAAUAUUCUUCACAUGUGAAAAUAAUUCCUAGACCGCUUGGAAGAGGAUUAAAAAUCAACAGGAAAUAUUUACCUUUAGGUUACAUAUUAGGAUUAGAUAAUGUUAAGAUCUCGUUCAGUGGUAGUAACAAAUGGAUGAGUAGAAUAAAAGCUUUGAAGAGAUGUUUAAAUAAAAUUAUAUCUAUUAAAACACUAUGCAAAAUGACAGGGAAAAAAUACGUUUGUCAUUUUGCGCCCCACUAUUGUACAAGUCAUUGGCCAGAUUAUUGGUUUAAAAACAUUUUAAAAGAAUAUAAAUAUAAAAUUCAAAGAAUUCAGAAAAAAAGAUCUAUAGUAUGUCGCAAGAAUUUUAGGUCUAAUAUCUCAAAAAUACCAGAAGAGGUUAGACCAGACUUCACUCCCUAUGCGUGGAAAACUCCUAUUCAGAAAUAUGUCGAGUCGCACAAAUUGAAGAAGUAUAUCGAUAACAACAUCUACCAUAACAACCUCUUUUAA